AUGAGGUAACUUUCAACGCCUUCAAGGGCUCUGAUUGGACGUUUAUUCAAAUUUAACAGUGGAAAAAAGAGAAACAUGUUGCAGAGCUCUGUGUGUGUGAUUUACUACAGACAUGUUCUUCAGCAUCUCUCUCCUUGUACUUUCUCUCCUCCCAUUCUGUGGGGGAAUGGAGGGCCGUAUUAUUGGAGGAAAUGAAGUGAAACCACCACACUCGCGACCCUACAUGGUGUCUUUUCAGAUUAACAAUUCCCAUAGGUGUGGUGGUAUGCUCAUCAAAAGCAAUUAUGUGCUGACUGCAGCCCACUGUGUGGACAACAUUAAACACCCUGUAAAAGAUAAGCUGGAAGUGGUCCUGGGAGCUCACAAUAUCAGUCAAAAAGAACCCCAGCAGCAGAGAAUCCAAGUACAGAAGUACUUCAAGCAUCCUUUUUACAAGAACAAUGAACGUUUAAAUGAUAUCAUGAUAUUGAAGCUGAAGUCCAAAGCCAAGAAGAACAAAGCUGUAAAGUCUAUUGGUCUUCCUUCAAAAAAUGAAAACAUUCAAGAUCAGGAGAAAUGUUCAAUCGCUGGCUGGGGUAUGACAUACCAGAACAGCGCUGCAUCAAGUGUACUAAAAGAAGUCACGCUGAAGAUACAAAAUAACACCAAGUGCAAGAGAGAUUGGGACCAUUAUUUUGACACAGACAACAUGAUCUGCACUGCCUCUGAUGGGAGGGAAGCUUUUUGCCAGGGUGAUUCAGGGAGUCCUCUUAUCUGUGGAGAAAAACUACAAGGAUUAGCUGCAUAUACCUAUCCUGAUGACUGCUUAAACCGUCAAUAUCCAGAGGUGUAUAUGAAGAUCUCCUACUUUCUUCAAUGGAUUAAACAAGUUAUAGCAAGUGAAUACAAUUGA